CCCAUUGUUGUAGAAUUUCUCGAAGGAAGAGGACCAGUUCCCUUUUCGCUGCAAGCCUCCAAGGAGACUGCACACCUUCCAAGAUGGCGAUGAAAGUAGUCGCGUUGGUUCUUUCUUUCGUCAUCUCUAUCUUGAUAGAGAGAGGCAGAACAAAUGACUUGCCGAGCGAUAUUUGUUCAAUCGUGGCGGGUCGCCACUUCAAACAGUUUCGAGGCGAUUCCUACGAAUAUUACCCCAAUCAAUGUCUGUACACCCUGGCAGAGUCCGAAUUGACUGAUUCUCAUUCUUUUGAGAUCCUGCUGGAUAACCAGAACUCAGACGAAGUAGCAAUAAUCUACAUUGGCAUAGAAGACAGCGAGGUGGCCGUUGAGAUCAGGAUGACCCCGGUUGGAGUUUUUCUAAAUGGAAGCACAACCCCAGCCAAUCUCCCCUUGAUGCUUCCCCAAGCUAGCGUGGUGAAGAGGGGCUUUUAUUACAUCCUCACAGACAGUUCAGAAAUAAAAAUUGAAUAUGCAGUGGGUGAGAGGAUAUAUCUAUUUGUUCCGGAAUCUAUAAUCAGUGAAACAUACGGACUGUGCAAAAUUGAAGAGGGUUCUUCAUUCACGUCGGUAGCUGAUUUGAGCAAGCACCGUACUGCCACCGCCACUGAAUUCUGCGAGGGACGUGGGGCGGCGCCCUUUCCUAGCACCGCCUCCGAACUCAAAUGCAAAAGCAUCGUACUCAGUGACUGCGGCCUAAACGAAGACCAUGAGUUUUUCAGAAAGCUUUGCAGUAUCGAAAUGAAUGCCACUCCUAGGAAUCAUAGUAUAGAUAACGGGAUAUGUCUGGCACUUGCAGAGUACUACCGAAUAUGCGCCCUCUGCGACCAAACGUCUGUAUUUGAAGAUUGGCGGAAUGAACAUGGAUGCGUUGUUUCCUGUCCAAAUAGCGAGGUGUUUGCAGAAAGUGGUAGUCUUUGUCCAAUGACAUGCGAUAAGACAUAUCUGACUAGAACUUGCUCCGAAGAAGGAGGCUUUGACGGAUGCCAUUGCCGGAGUGAUCAUUACUGGAAUGAGGACAUUGGGGUAUGUGUCCCAAAAGCGGGAUGUUUUUGUGUUCAUGAGGGACAUCAUCAUGAAACAGGAGAAACAGUCGAUAUUGAAUGUAACACAUGCACAUGCGCUGGGGGAUCCUGGGCUUGCACUCGUAAUGAAGCCCUCUGUGAAGCCACGUGCUCCAUUACAGGAAAAUAUCUCACCCUCUUCAACACAUUCGAUGGAACUAUAUUCGAGAACACAGACAGCUGUGGCCAUUUGCUGGUAGAACCAAAGGCUACUAAUGGAACCUUCCAGCUUAGUUUUGGUCAUCAUUGCCCCUUCGCGUCCCCAUGUCUGCCAUAUUUAACACUGGUCACGUCGAUCGGAGGAACCAAGGUUACCCUCAGAUUUCUUGAGGACCGAUCGGUGCUUAAGAACAACGAUAACAUGAAACUGCCACUGUUUCUCGAUGGGGUUGUGGUGAGAAAUAUCGUGGAUAAUUAUCUGCUCAUCAACACUAACUUUGGUAUCACUAUCAUGUGGGAUUGGAAGUCAGAUUUGGAGAUUACAGCGGCAGACUCUCUCCGUGGUGGGGUUUGGGGAUUGUGCGGCUUAUUCAACGGAGCAAUCAACGAUGAUCUGACUCUGCCAACCGGUGAGAUAACCGUGGACCCCUUGAUAUUUGGAACAAGAUGGAGGUCUUUCUGCCUAACUCCAUCUACCCUACCUACCUACGCCGUAUCCCCUGGGUAUUGCAGGAUAGAUCAGCUAUAUCAUCUGCAAGUACAAGAGCGUUGUGGUCUGUUCACGACGCAGGCGUUCCACAGCUGCCACGGGGUAGUUUCGUACGAGCAGUUUCAUAUGGACUGCUGGACCCUCGCUUGCCCUAAAUUAGCAUCGGAUUUAGGGACUCUUGAAAAGAGUACAUGCCCCGCUUUCCUAGCCUACAUCGCCGAGUGUGCCCGUCAGGGACAAGUAAUCUCUUGGCCCGGAUACAGCAAUUGCGAAAUUGAGGAUUGCCCGGCUGGUCGAGUUUACUUGGACUGUCCGCAUCGAAUCCAGCUUCUCUGUAGUGAAGUUCGUAUGGCUCAAGCAGGAGCAAAGGACAAAACUUGCUACGCAGGAUGCUUCUGCCCCAAUGGCACGGUCUUUGAUGACUAUUCGGAAAGGUGCGUGGAGAGUGACAUGUGCCCUUGUAUCAAUACAAACGGGAAAAUACAGCAAGUCGGUGAUGAGUGGAACACGGAGUGUGAACAUUGCAUCUGUAUGGCUGGACAUUAUACUUGCGAGGAAGUCGAAUGCAAAGUGUGUGAGCACGGCCAACAGUAUAGCACCUGCGCCUGCGCCAAGACCUGCACCAAUCUGUACUCCGUGUUGUGCUCGGAAGGAGAGGAUUGUCUAGGUGGAUGUGCCUGCCCUGAAGGCUCGGUGCUCGAUGAAUGGAACGGACAGUGCGUAGCAGCGGCCGAUUGUCCGUGUCUGUACGGCAACGAGACCUACGCUGUCUACUCAAUAAGGCCAACACCAGAUAAACUAUGUCUUUGUAAACCAGGAGCGUUUUGGGAGUGUGCGUCGCGUGAUACUGAAGGUUCUUGUUGGGCCUUUGGUCUCUCUUCGUUCAAUACGUAUGACGAUAAGACUUUCAGCCACAACGGGCGAUGUUCUUACGUCAUGUCUACUGAUGGAUGCAAUGACAAUUCUAAUGAGACUUUUCGAGUUGAGAUCGAGAGCUUGGACUGCGGAGAAGAUGCUUGGGCCUGUACCAAAGCCAUUCACAUCACAUUCCCAAACGUUACUGUGGUUCUCAUUCGGGGAUCAGAUCCCAUACUAACACCCAAUACUUCGGACAUUUGCACCAAGGAAGUAGGUGGUAUUUACACCAUGGUCCGGUAUGAAGGUUUAGCGAUCAUGUGGGAUGGGGCAAACAUGGUAACUAUUACGGUUGAGGAACGUUUCAAAGAAAAAGUCUGUGGUUUAUGUGGCAACUUUGACGGCCGGUCCGACGACGACUUUCUCAAACAGCAAGGAGAUACUACACGAGAUAUAAAUGAGUUUGUGGACAGCUGGGCCACUCGAUCCUGCCUUCCUGCCAGAGCCACGAAUCUCGAAUGUCUCAAUGAAAUAGAGCAAGCUCGACGUCCAUGGGCGGAGAGUAAAUGUGAUGUAAUCAAUUCGGAGAUUUUCUCCGAAUGCCAUGCAUAUGUCAGCCCAAAGCCAUAUUUUGACCACUGCGUCGAUGACAGCGUCAAGUGUUAUCGCGGCGACGGUUUAGAUUGCCUGUGUGAUGCGAUAUCAGUCUACUCUCAAAAGUGUAUUGAGAAAGGAGUCUGCGCAGAUUGGCGCGCUGAUCACAUGUGUCCCGUAACGUGCCCGUGUGGCGAACACAGGAAGUAUUAUACCUGCCAUACCAGUUGCCAAGCGUCUUGUGAUGAAUGUGCUUAUGAAGACAAGUGUAUGACACCUAAGGUGGAAGGUUGUUUCUGCGAAGGGGACUUGGUUGAGUUAAACGGAACAUGCAUUCAAAAGGGUUACUGCUCGCAAAGACCACCUACCACCCAACCCCCGACAACCCAACCCCCGACAACCCAACCCCCUACCACGCGUCCACCGACUACUCGACCCCCUACUACUCAGCCACCAACUACCCAACCCCCGACAACACAGCCACCAACUACCCAGCCCCCUACUACUCAACCUCCUACCACUCAACCUCCUACCACCCAACCCCCGACCACACAAACCCCUACUACGCGUCCACCGACUACUCAACCUCCUUCUACCCAACCCCCGACAACACAGCCACCAACUACCCAGCCCCCUACUACUCAACCUCCUACCAAGCGUCCACCGACUACCCAACCCCCUAUUACACAGCCACCAACUACCCAGCCCCCUAUUACCCAACCUCCUACAACCCAACCACCAACUACCCAACCCCCGACAACACAGCCACCAACUACCCAACCCCCGACUACCCAACCUCCUACAACUCAAUCUCCUUCCACCCAACCCUCGACAACACAUCCACCAACUACCCAGCCCCCUACUACUAAGCCACCAACUACCCAGCCCCCGACAACCCAGCCCCCUACUACUCAACCUCCUACCACUCAACCUCCUUCCACUCAACCCCCGACAACACAACCACCAUCAACCCAGCCCCCUUCUACUCAACCACCUACCACUCAACCUCCCACCACCCAACCCCCAACAACACAGCCCCCUAUGACACAUCCACCAACUGCCCAACCCCCGACAACUCAACCUCCUACCACUCAACCUCCUUCCACUGAACCCCCGACAUCGCAGCCACCAACUACCCAGCCCCCUACUACUCAACCUCCUACCACGCGUCCACCGACUACCCAACCCCCUACUAAACAGCCACCAACUACCAAGCCCCCUAUUACCCAACCUCCUACAACUCAACCACCAACUACCCAACCCCCGACAACACAGCCACCAACUACCCAGCCCCCUACUACUCAAACUCCCACCACUCAACCUCCUACCACUCAACCUCCUUCCACUGAACCCCCGACAUCGCAGCCACCAACUACCCAGCCCCCUACUACUCAACCUCCUACCACGCGUCCACCGAUUACCCAACCCCCUACUACACAGCCACCAACUACCCAGCCCCCUAUUACCCAACCUCCUACAACUCAACCACCAACUACCCAACCCCCGACAACGCAGCCACCAACUACCCAACCCCCAACUACCCAACCUCCUACCGCCUGGCCACCUACCACCCAACCACCUACUACCCAACCUCCUACAACUCAACCUCCUACCACUCAACCUCCUUCCACUCAACCCCCGACAACACAACCACCAUCAACCCAGCCCCCUUCUACUCAACCACCUACCACUCAACCUCCCACCACCCAACCCCCAACAACACAGCCCCCUAUGACACAUCCACCAACUGCCCAACCCCCGACAACUCAACCUCCUACCACUCAACCUCCUUCCACUGAACCCCCGACAUCGCAGCCACCAACUACCCAGCCCCCUACUACUCAACCUCCUACCACGCGUCCACCGACUACCCAACCCCCUACUAAACAGCCACCAACUACCAAGCCCCCUAUUACCCAACCUCCUACAACUCAACCACCAACUACCCAACCCCCGACAACACAGCCACCAACUAUCCAGCCCCCUACUACUCAAACUCCCACCACUCAACCUCCUACCACUCAACCUCCU